GGCAGCGAGAUUUGAGUGGGCCAAGGCCUAGCCACGGUUACACAGCCCCAUUGCAGGCUGAGGACAUGGACAGAAAAACCAGUUGCGUCCCACAAGUCGUUCAAGUCAACUCAACGACCAACACUCAUUUUCACCAUGGUUGACCUGACGAUCGGACAAGUUGCAGCCAUCAUUGCAUUUGGUACCGUGAUUGCCCGUGUGUGGUGUCCGACGAUAGGAACUUUUAUCCUUGCCGGACAGCUUCGCGAUCGUGAAACGGCAGCUACAUGGACUGUUGCAGCACAACACAUACAAAGCUCAUAUUGGCCGCUUUUGCUUCGAUCUGAUGCAAUCAAAGACCGCGGAGUCCGUAGACCCGUCGUUGCCAUCACAUUAAUACUGCCACUGCUAAGCCUCCUCAUCGCAAUAGCCGGUGUCGUAACUCCCCUUGGUCUUUACGAGUCGAAUGAUCCCAAAUCCGAGGCCGUUACGGCUGACUUUGCGUACGUUCCGGAUUCAAGCACUUUCUAUGCCGCCACAUCCACACGAGAUGACAAACCUUUCACACGAACGUGUAGUCGUGACAACUGCUAUUUCCCAUGCCCAUACACCUCGGAUGUGACUAUCAUUGUAGAAGAUGGUCUAUCAAGAAACUGUACUUUUGUCGGGGGUAUUAACGCGACUGUCCCCGAUAUUCUCCAUGAUAUCUACACGAGCGGUACGCAAUACGAGAGAACCACUAUCUCCAACUACUUCGACAUAGAGUGGCGCCAAACCACGACGCAGUACGAUCGCCUUCUCGACGAUGGCGCGCCGAUCGCUGCUGGGAUCUUCCGGCACCUCGAGACCAUUGCGCUUAUCGAUGAUGUGCGCGCUGUUGAAGGAUUGGUUGUUGAUGGAAAGAACGGCGGCAUUGGAUUCAGAAACCAUACUCUUCCGUCUGGCUAUCCUAGAGGCGUAACAUGGACGGAGGACCUUCUGUUCUGGGAGCCCGACGUGGAGUGCGUUGACACAAACACCACUUUCGACUUUGAGGUCACGACGAGAUCUCAGACUACUUCCGGUCUUUCAGUUUCCAAGUUACGCCUUACAGACAGGGGCGGUUUCGUCGAUCUCAACACAACAGAUCCACUGGACGAUCAGCGUAAUGGUGUGAACAAACCUGAUCUGAGGACGAGGGCGUAUCAGGCGGCAUGGGCUACUAAUGCCUUCUCCAUGCUUUUCAUGAACAUUUCCAACGCCAUAGAUCCGCGAAAGAAGAAUAAGCCUUUUGAAUGGAUCAACUCGGAGAUUGGGAAACACUUCAGGAUCCCUAGCUUGGGGGAUGACGCGAGCUACUUCACGCUCGAGUUUAUCGACGACUUUGGCUACCAUCUUGGGGUCUCGGCGAUAAUCAGCGACACUGACGGAUACACUGAAGGAUUGUACGAGAAUCCUUAUAACAUUACUAGUGACUCGUUUGAUGCCGCAAGAGAUUUAUGCCAGGGCACUCUACAUGAUGCACCCACCAAGCUGAACAACACUUUCGUUCUCUGCAACCUUAUUAGAGGUGUCCCGGAACGAAUAGAUGAUGGCCCGAAGAUGAUAUUCGAGGAUCAAAGUCAAUGGUCCUCUCCUUUAUACGCUUGCGCUUCAGCUGUCAAGGCAACAGUCAAGACCGUCACGUUCUUCCACAAUGGCACAGAUGCAGCCAUUGAUAACCUCGUGAUCAAGGAGAUCAAGGACAAGGAUUACGGUACACAGGAAGAAAUGCCGCUGUGGGGUGUCGAAGACUCGUCCCUCAGACUUGACGAAUUCCAACCGAUCUGGGGGCUUUUGCACUCAGCGUACGAAACGUUUCGCAAUAUCUCGACGAUCCGUGCCCCGUCUCUCUACUUCCUAGGAACCGCGAUGAAUGGCUGGAUCCAACAGGACCUUGACCCCCAAUUCACACGCAUGAACCUCCCCGCGUCGAUUGUUCCUACCGGUGCUUUUCUUACAAUUCUUUCAGCUACGACUUCUACCCCGCCAGAUUACGAUCUGACGGGUCAAACAACCUUGAGUUUGUGGCUGAAGUGGCGGGAACUGUCGAGAUCUGCAUCGACUAUCUUGAAGUUGCUCUGGACCGAUCUUGCGGCUUCCGCUGUAGUCGGGACGAAAGGCGUCAUGGGUCAAAGGAAUGCCCAGCCGGACGAAGCAGUGGACAUAUCUGUCAUCCCACUGGUGCAUAGAGUCCGAUAUCGCUGGGUAUACGGCAUACCUGCCUUUCUCGUGCUUGCGUGCACGGCACUCAUUGCGGCGGCGGCGAUUGUGUCAGCGGUGACUGGACAGUCCAGUCUAGGGAAGCUGAAUUACCGCCUGAAACAAACGUCACUCGGUCGUGUCCUGACGACGCUGUUUGACCCGGCAGCGAGUAGCUUUGCGAUGACCGCGGCACAGUGGAACAAGUUCAACGCAAGAAAAGAACUGGAUUUCGGGUCAAGACAGCCGAUACUCGCCCCGGAACCAGACUCGCAGCCGCCAUCGAUUCGACACGAGAGAAUUCUCGUGGCAGCUGAAGGCCAAAGUUUAACACAGGAGUGCCAGCCCUCGGAGAACCAGCAGGUUCACGAAACGAAGUAUAAUGCACAGAGUGGAUAAGACGGAAGUGUAUCCGGCAAAAGUAUGAUAGUUGGUGUUUCGUUGCUGAACCACUUACUACGUGAGAGGGAUCAAUGGAGACAAGUUUUCGAGUUAAUGCCCCUUUAUCACGCUUUGAUGACUGCUUCCACAAUCCCGAUCCGAGUCCUCGUCGUUGAUCCAAAACUUGACAACCUCGGAUCCCGCUUCCGACAAAGCGCGGCCCACUGAUGCGCGAGCGUUCCAAAGAACGGUUGAAAGUCAUCCAGAAUCAUGCCAAACCCAACUAGGCCAGCGUGAAAUACACCUCUCUGUUUCCUUAAACGAGACAGCCG